AUGCCUAGGACUAGGAUGUCGAGAUCAAAACCCUAUAGAAAAUCAAACCAUUUUGUUAGGAAAAAGCCCGAAUAUAAGCUGAUUCUUGAGAAUACUGAACAAGUUUUUCGAAGCUAUCCAAAAAAUACUUGGGCUAUACUCAGACCAGUGGGCAAUAACAUAUUCAUACCUUUUAUAUAUCUCACCGAUACUUUCAAUUGUCUUGGAAAAUUCCCGGAUAGCACAUCAAAUCACCAUCAACUACCACUUGACACGCAAAUAUGUGAUAAGCAUUGCUACAUAAGAGUUCAUUUUACCGAUAAUGUUGGUAAAUCGUCGUUAAACAUCUUUCUUGAAGAUAUUAGCAAACGGGGUACACAGGUCGACGGAAUUUUGGUAAAACGUGACGUCAAGAAUAGUCAUCCUUAUAAAGUUAAGCUAAAUAACGGUUCGAAGAUAUCUUUUCCCGGUUCUCGAAUUGAAGACGGUCUUUAUACUUAUGAAUUUGAUAUUGUCGAUCUCGAAUCUAUAAGCACAAGCAAAUUUGAUAGGAAGUAUAAGCUUGGUAAAUUUCUUGGAAGAGGACAUUUUUCCAGCGUUUACAUGACAAGAUGUAUUAAAUAUGAUGGAAAAACGUACGCAGUCAAAAUAAUGGAUAAAAUAGUGAAUAAUGAUAAUUCUAGACAACGCAGGAUGGUCGAAUCCGAAAUUCAAAUAUUAAAUGGUCUGGCACAUGAAAAUUUGAUCAAGAUCUAUGAUUUUUUUGACGAACCCGACAAAAUGUAUCUUGUGAUCGAAUAUGUAGAGGAUGGUGAAUUCUUUGAUUUCUUUAAAAAUCGGAUCCUGUCUGAAGUUGAAAUUCGUAUUAUUUUUAAACAAUUGUUUAGCGCGAUCGAGUAUCUUCAUGAACGAAGAAUAGUGCAUCGAGAUUUAAAACCCGAAAAUAUUUUAAUGCCCAGCAAAGAAGGGUUAAGGAUUAAAGUAUCAGAUUUUGGUCUGUCAAAGUUGCUUAAUGUUGAUUUUUCCACCAUGCAAACAAGGUGUGGAACCGUCUCUUAUGUCGCUCCCGAAAUUCUCGAAUUGUGCAAAGAUCAAUCGUACACAAAAGAAGUCGACAUGUGGAGCGCGGGUGUAAUCUUUUAUGCUUGCUUAUGUGGACAAUUACCUUUUACAAGUGAAAGCAAUAGACCUAAUAGUGUGGCGGAUAAAAUCAAAAGCGGAAUAUUUCCAAAGGAUAUUCCAAGAUGGGAAAAUGCCAGUGAAUCAGCAAAAGAUCUAGUAUGCGGUCUGUUAAACAAAUCACCUUUCCAUAGAUUAUCGGCUAAGAAGGCAUUAAAACAUCCCUUCAUAACGUGUGGAGGUAUUCCAAAACAAGUGCCAUAUUCAAAUCCUCCCGUUCAACAUCAAUUUGAAAGUUCGAAUGGAUCGUCGUCGUCUGAUGACCUAUACUAUAGUUGUGUGGGACAAUUUUCUCAAUUGUCUACGAUUACUGAGACUACUGGACGGUCUUACGUUUCGGAGUCCGAAACUAUCCGUUCGUGUUCAAGCAACGAUAAUGAAAUAUCCUCCCCAAGCAUUAACAAACUUACAAGGAUACGAAAGGACAUUGAAAAGGCGAUAAACAAGGAUGAUAAGCGAACCAUUAGACGAUUAUAUUUUGAGAGCAGAAAGUUAUACUGCAUACAUCAUGACGAAAUUAAUUUAAUGGGUGAGGGGAAUAAUAUAAUGAGUUCACUAGUUAAGGAUGAUAAAACUGAUAUAGCGAUCUCAUUAUUAAAGUACAUUGAUAAAAAUAAGAUCAUAAUUGAUCUAAUUUACGUCUUUAUUGAGUUAUUGGAAGAGAAUGAGAAUGAAAAGAUUCAUCAUAAGAAUUUUAAGAGGUCACAAAUGUUGUGGGGGUUGAUAAAAUUUUAUCAAAAUAGUUGCUUUGAUGAUGAUGAUUUAUUAAAGAUGUUGAAACUUUUUAUAAAGAAGAGAUCAAAUUUAAUCAUCCCAUUUUUACAAGGGAUGUUAUCGGCUGGGAUUCUACCAACGGAUGAUUUUAUUACCGUUAUAUUGAACGUUUAUGAUGAUAGGGUGCUUAAAAUUUAUGAGUUACUCAAAUCGAAUGAAAUUAAAUUUAGCAAUGACAUGUAUCAAAAUUUAUUGAUAUCACAACAAAGGAAACAAGGUCUUUUAUAUAUAAACUUUUUUUAUAGAGACAUGUUGUCUUUAGACGAGAAAGGAAAACUUGAUCAACGUGGAAGGGAAAGUUUACAAUUAAUUGAGAAUGCUUUUAAGGAAAGAAAACCUGCCAACGCAAUAAAAUCUUUUUAUGAAAUUGGAUCGGAGGAUAUUCAAUCGCAUCCAAUCAUUCUUUUUGAAUUAUUCAAAGGAUUAUUUGACGUGUGUCGUGAAUGUAGUUUGAGAUUCGAAAAAUUAGAUGAAUCUAGUAUCUUUUCGGUUUAUAAAUUUUUAUUGCGAAAGCAGUUUAAAAUUAAUUCGGAUGUAGGGUAUUAUUUGAUGGUAGGGUUCCUUUGGAAUAAUCAAUUGAAUCACGCGGAACAAGUCUUGACAGAUAUGAUAAAUGAAAAAAUCAUCCCACCCGCUUAUACUUUUAUUCCAUUGGUAAAUUCGUAUUUGAAUAACGAGAAGGUAGAUAAAGUGGAAAAAAUCAUGGGAUUAAUCAAAUCGAUGUAUUAUAAAGAUUAUAUCUAUCUUCUUAACCGCCUAAUAGAUCAUUAUAAUAAAAAAGGUGAUAAAGUUGGAAUAUCAAGAUGGAUGAAGGAACUUAUCAACGCACCGAUUAAUGACGGAACGGGAUACGUGAGUAGCACUGUGUUGUUGCGUUCUUAUGGAGUGUUGGGCAAAUUAUCUGAUGUUACAAACUUAUGGGAGGAAAUGAAUAAACAAUAUUCUGGAGAAGAACUUUCUCCAUCCAUAUCAGUUUUAUUGGAUCAAAUUGGAUACAUUGGAAAUAUUUCCAUGCUAAAAGAUCAUUGGGACAUAAUUUUAAAAUAA